CUGCUAACCCCAGUCCAGCCCUGUCUCCCAGCUGGACUCAAGCUGAGUUCCUCACCUCUUCCAGAUGCUGAAGCUGCUGCUGCUGCUGCUGUGCCUCCUGGCCAGCCUGUCGUGUGCCGCCCCUCGCCCAGCUGAGCAGCGGGUGGGCAUUGUGGGAGGACGUGAGGCUUCUGAGAGUAAGUGGCCCUGGCAAGUGAGCCUGAGACUUAAGUUCAGCUACUGGGUACAUUUCUGCGGAGGCUCCCUCAUCCACCCACAGUGGGUGCUCACUGCGGCACACUGUGUGGGACCGCACAUCCAAAGCCCAGAGCUCUUCCGGGUACAGCUUCGUGAGCAGCAUCUAUACUACGAGGACCAACUCCUGUCUGUGAACCGGAUCAUUGUGCACCCCAACUAUUACUCGGCUGAGACUGGGGCAGACAUUGCUCUGCUGGAGCUCAAGGACGCUGUGAAUGUCUCCACCCAUGUCCACCCCAUAUCCCUGCCUCCUGCCGCGGAGACCUUCCCCUCAGGGACAUCAUGCUGGGUGACAGGCUGGGGUAACAUUAAUAAUGCUGAGGCCCUCCCGCCGCCCUAUCCCCUGAAGCAAGUGAAGGUGCCCAUUGUGGAAAACAGCCUCUGUGAUCGGAAGUACCACACUGGCCUCUACACAGGGGACAACAUUCGCAUUGUCCGUGAUGACAUGCUGUGUGCUGGAAAUACUGGGAGGGACUCCUGCCAGGGUGACUCAGGGGGGCCGCUGGUCUGCAAAGUCAAGGGUGCCUGGCUGCAAGCAGGUGUGGUCAGCUGGGGUGAGGGCUGUGCAGAGCCCAACCAUCCUGGCAUCUACACCCGGGUGACGUACUACUUGGGAUGGAUCCACCGCUAUGUCCCUGAGAACUCCUGAGCUGCUUCCAGGUCAGAGGAGAACCAGGCCCUAUUGUCUUUAACUGGGUGCUUCCUGCCCAGGUGGAAGCCUCACCUUCCUGUCCUUCCGCCUCCCCUGUCCC